GUUAAUAGAUGGCGUUUCCGUGGUUGGAACAAAGAAGCUUAGAUUGGUGUUGCUGUCUGACAUGUUGUUGUGUUUAUCACCAGUCGGCAAGUAAGGAAAUUAUUCAACUGAUUCGUACAUUUACAUUUAAGCGUAAAGUAAUUGGGAUUUUCCGAACAAUUAUUACCCCAUUAAUACAAUAGACGGAUCGGAUCGCCCGCUAACAAGCAUCAUUCGUCUGGCGGAUAAUUAAUAAUUACUGGGUUAUAGCGGGUUGAGCGUGAUAUUGAGAAUUAUCGAGGCCGAUGUUGUGUUAUCUGCCGGAGCCUUAUAGGAUUAGGAUUGAAGUUGCACAAUUGUAACGCCACGUUUAAAUAAUCCGGAGUAUUGGAGUACGGAACAAAAAAUGUUUUAAGCGAUUCCACGUUGUUUAAGACUGUAUAUAGUUGUUUAAUUUUCAAUUUGAAUCCGCUGGAUAAUCAGAGAACUUCAUCAGUAUUGCAAGCCACCGACAGGAAAGACACGAGCACAAUGAACACUGUGCCACCGACAUGCAGCUAUCAAUUAUCAGUGAACUUUAUUAUUAAAGGGUCUGCAUGAUAUGUAAACGAGUGGCUUAGUUUUAGCUACAGUACAAUUAUAAGAUCAAAAAUGCAAUAUUUAACCCAUGCAUUAAUGCGCAAAAUUCUCCCUUGAAGAGUAAAUCAUCUGGCGUUGUACUGAGUAAAAUAAUAAAUUGAGGUGAUUUAGGCGUAUUGCUGCUCACUGAGUUAUACUAAGAUACAAUGGAAGUAGAUUGGUUACCAAUUAGCGCACAGAUGUCUCCCCUUUCCAAGUGAAAUCAUCUGGCGUUGUACAGAGUAAAAUAAUAAAUUGAGGUGAUUUAGGCGUAUUGCUGCUCACUGAGUUAUACUAAGAUACAAUGGAAGUAGAUUGGUUAACCAAUUAGCGCACAGAUGUCUCCCCUUUCCAAGUGAAAUCAUCUGGCGUUGGACAGAGUAAAAUAAUAAAGUAGAGCGCAAUUGGGCGCAUUGCAGCAGGGAUUAAUGACAAAAAAUUACAUUAUAUACAAUGUGGGGAAAGGCCGGGAUAUUCCUAAUUCAAUAGGAACAAUUCAUGAGGUAUUGAGUUUGUUAAUCCAUAUCAUUUACCCAUUUUUCAGGAAAAAGAGGAUUAUGCCAGGUCUUCUGAACACUCCCAAGUAUAAGUUCAAGUUAAAGUGGAAUGUUCCACUGUCGGACGUAGAGUUUGUAGAGUACGGAACUGGUGUAAGUGUGGCUGCUGGGAAGUAUGGUACAAUAACCACGUAUUCUGAGCAAGGUAACACUAUUGCCAAAACGUUUGUAAUACAGUAACUAAAAUGUUUGUGAAAUUUGUGAAUGCAGAAUAUGCCAGUACAGAAAAUUUUUUUUAAGACGGUUCUAUAUUGUCGCUAUAUAUAUGUGAAACAAAUAUCCCCACGGAGAACGCGUCUUGUGAUUAAAACAAAUAUUCCGACAGAAAACGCGUCUUGUGAAUGCGUAGUCGUCAGACCAAGCGCCUUUUUUCUCUGAGUUCGCGGGUUCCAUUCUUGUUACGGACUCAUGGUUAGGGGGGUGCUAGAAUUCAGGUUAGGGGGGUGUCUGCUAGAAUUGCUUUGCGAAAGCCGAUGAUGCCCUGCAGGGAAAAUGUUUUUUGGGCACUAUUUUUCCUAAAAAAGUUGGCGAAAUUUAUUUUUUCAGACAAACUCAUGUUGAAACAUGCAUGAAACCCUUAUUUUUUUAACAAUAUCUGUAAAACUUAGGUUUAUAAAUUCUAUUCAUUUCCCUCUGGAAGCCCUGGAAGCUACUUAAUAACUCUACAUUCUAUCAUUUAAAAUCUUUCAUUGCCCUGCCAAUCCAGAUGAUUUGCCCUGCCAAUCCAGCUUUGGGGGCACCCCACACUCCCCCUCAAGUUUCGUCCCUGGAAAAGACUCAACGCUCUGCCGAAAGUUGUGGGUUUUCUCCGGGAGCUCCGAUUUCCUCCCACUGGGAAAGUUGCAUGACAGGGUGACUGUUAGGAUGAACACAGUUAAGAAAGUAAUAUCACAAUUGUUGUAAUGGUAAAAUAGUCCAUGCUAAGUUUGUAAUUAAUAGGUACAGUAUAUAAGCGUAGUACUUGAUGUAAAGUGCAUUUGAUCAUAUAUCCACAUGUAAAUAUUUGCUAUAAGUUACGCGAUCGUAGCUUUUUAUACAUGCGCUAUUGUGUUUUCAGGAAAAUAUCGUCAGGCUACGGUGGAAAUUCAGAAACACAUUGAGGAUCUUCAACAUGACCUGGCCGUGAUUGGUCAGAUUGCUGGACUUGCGUCAUCACUGAGAGGGAAACACCAGGUAAGCAAGUUUUAAGUGCAUGGGAUUGUUUUUUAAAGACAUUGAAAAGAUAUUACCAAAACCACUGACGCUUUGUGUGGGCCGAAAUAAUGUAAUUAUGUUACCGCGUCGAAUCAUCUAGGACAUUGCUAUAUGCCUAUAUCAUUAAAAUGUGAAACUAUUAUUAACUGGUUACAGCAACAUAUUUCGGCUGCUGGCCUAACCAAAUGCAACAUUUAAACGAUGCUAUUUUUUAAUAUAAAAAAUAUAUUCCUCACUAUUUUGGUGUUUGAAGAAACUAUGACUUUUUAAACAGAACAUCUAUAAUGGAGGUCUUUAGCGUUAGAUUGUUAUACAUGCAAGUAUUCCAGACAUCCGUGCAUGGAUCAUUGAAAAACACUAAAAACGCAUUAAUAAGGUCCUUCCUCUUGUUACCGUUCGGGCGAAAACCAUGGCACUUAUUGUAGAGUAUUACCCUUUCGUACACUUGACGUCACCUUCGAGCAUUUUAGAGAAUUUUCACCUGCUGAAGUUACGUAUUUUGAAACUUAUCCUGUUCGACGAAAGAGAUAUUUCUAAGCUACAAGAAAUCAAGAAUAUAUGUAAAUUUUUUUUACAUUUCUAAGUUCUAUAGGGUAUCUGUAGGCUGUAAUCUUAACCCUAUUGCUACUAUACACUGCAAUCCCAACAUUCAAAGUUGGUCAUUUCUUAUGUUUUAGCUCCUAGAUCAACAGAAGGUUGAGCGAUGGUACAAAUCUGUUGAAAAUACGAUCACUGAAGAAAUGAAAACCGUAAACAUGUUUUGGCUUGAACUGUCGCUGCCUACGAAGUAAGUUGCAUUGAUCAAUUGCUUUUUUUUCGUAGUGCAAACUGGAAACUGUCCUUGAUAUUAUGCGUACAGCCUUGAAAUUUUCCAAUGAGAACACAGCAUUUGUAUCAUGUGACGAGGUGAUCCACCCCAGUGGGUGAUAAGCGAUUCCCGCGCAUCACCGAUUAUUCAUGCAACAAUCUAUACCCGUACCGAUUCUGUAAUGACGUCAUAAUGUCUAUCCAGUGAGUAAAUCUAUAAAUGUGACGUCUUCAUUUCGAUUUUUUAAUUAACGAUAUAAUUUUCAACCUAACAUCUUACUGCAACCAAAGUUCGCUAAAACCGUUCCAUAAAUGGCACGCACCACGCAUUAAUUUAACAUAGUGCGUUUAAAACGCAUCGUGUAUCAACGCGCAAUGUAUAUAAUUCUUAAAGUACAGUACCUGUCGCGAGUCAGGGUACGGGUAGGUAUUUUCUCAACAAUUGGUUUUCCACAAUCGGAAAUACAGAUAAUUCUACCAAUUCUGAUUGUCUACUGAGAAGGCAAAAGUCAGCCCGAUACAAUCACAAUGGUUAACAAUUUUCAAACAUCACUCGUAAGUGUUAAUCUUGUACUCCUUAUCACAUGAUUACCUAUACAAAUAUCGAGAAAUAAUAAUAAUAAUAACUUUAUUUACGUGUCAACCGAAAUUGCAGUUAAUUCCACAAAUGGGGACACUGAAUGAGGACACAAAUAAUGUAGAUUUCACGACAAGAACACGUAGUGAUACCAUGUACAAACUCUAGCACAUUUUGUGCAGAGAUUCUCCCUCCUGAGAUGAAGUUCCAUGUCAAAAUAUUUUUCAGAUCUGGUCAACAUAAUUAUGUAUUCAAUCUCUCCUCUCCUACUGUGAAGGAAGAAUGGCAGGCCGAUGCUAUGAAUGCCAAAUUGGCUUUGGGUAAGUUAUUUUAAUUUGUGUUAAUGAAAAAUAAGGGUCGACCAGAAUUACGGGGCAAAUGACUCUCAGUUCUGUUUGACCCAUCCUUUAUUUCAGUAAAGGCCAUCCUUUAUUCAUCUAGUACGUGUUACUAUAGAAGAUAACCUAAACUAAAGUGACUAUGCUUACACUUAUUCUGGAUAGCUCUGUCAGUUUACCUGUUUUCCCAAGAGGUCAUGUAGCAACUAAUCCAGUGUUAACAACAGCAAGAAAAGAAAUACCUGUAUUGUUUGGUAUAGAGUAAAAACCAGAAGCAUGCAAUUCUGGCGAAUUUAUACUCACAUCUCACAUGCAAUUCUGGCGAAUUUAUACUGCGAAAAAUUAUUUGUAUUUCAAAGAUGAAUCCAGCCAGACGUGGUGGAGAGGGGGGAGGGGGUGGAGUUGCUCAUCCAGCUUUGGUCAUGGCUCACAGUACGAACGUAUGAUACGUACUCACUACUGUAUAGCGAGCUAGGGCAGCCAGAAACUAGGCUUGACAAUUUUUGUUUUUGUAAUUGCUUUUCCAAAUCAAGAGAUGGACUUGGUAGGAAUUGUCAAUCCCCUUUCACUCCCACUUCGCCAAGGAUAUGAGGAGAGAGCAUUCCCCCUGUACCAUACCCAAUAAAUCCAUCCCUGGUGUAUUUCUGGAAUCUCCAGUCGCAGAGGUAUAUGAGAGGCACAGCAACUGUGCCAUCAGGGCUAUCAAAUAAAUAAAUAAAUAAUAAUAUAAAAUUCAUGUUCAAUAUUUUUUCUCUUGGUAGAAUCCCGUAACAAUCCAGGAUGGUAUCUUCCUGAAGAUGAUCUAACUGGCGGGCUCUCUAUACUGAGACGUAAUAUGCCUCUGUUGGCUGAGUUCUUUGAUUUGUUUAUAUUCAAUACCAAAUCCAGAGUAAGUUGUAAAGUAUCAUUAUCAUCAUCAUUAUGCCUGGCAUCCAUUUUGUUUAAGUACCUACUGUACAGUAUUACGGCUUCUGUAGCGCAGUGAUCAAAGCAAGCGCCUUUCACCUUUAAAAUGGCAGGAUCGACUCUGGCUGCGGAGUCAUGACACGUCGAUAAAGUCAGUCAAUGCUCCACCAAAAGUCGUGGGUUUUCACCGGCUACUCAGGUUUCCUGCCACAGGGAAUGUUUGCAGGAUGGGUUAGGAUCGAACAUGAAUCAUACGCUGGCAGUCAUGCAGAGGCGCCCUUCGUAAGCCUUCGACCCCAAUCAGGUUUAGCUGCGUCCAUCGUAAUUCACCUGAAGUCUCAGCUGCAAGUGAGGAUGCAUGAUUAACACCCCGCAAGACUGGUUUACCUUUACUAUAGUUGUUUUCGAUAACAUUGUUUCAUCACUUUAAUCAAAGUUUGACAAAAAUAUAGUAUUAUUGUCGAUUUCAACUUACUUUUCACUAAAAUGUUCCAAACUUCGUUCCGAACUUCGCAAAUUCGUUGCAAUGUUCAAAAGCUCAUAAUGAAAUUUACAAAUCGGUUUCUAAAGUGAUCAUGAGCAUUUGAUUGGCUGGUUUCAAUCAGAGGUCUUGUUUACAAACCUGCUUGUUGAUUUCAUCAUGAACUUUUUCAACGAAUUUGCAAAGUUCUGAACAUUUUAGUGAAAAGUAAGUUGAAAUCGACAAUAACCGGCCUCAGUUUAGAAUACUAGUCUGUAGGUAAUUCAUGGCAUCUAUAAUUGCUACAGAGAUACUGAGAUAGCUGCAUAUUAUCUGCAUGCAGAUCGGGCGGAUAAGUUAAGCCUGGCAGAAGUAAAACAUAUUACUCAUUUUAUACAUAAUAAAACAAUUUUUGAAUUGAGUUAGGGCAUGAUAUCGAGCAUAACGAAGGCCUCCGUUUGAGUUAUCAUUCUCAGCUUUAAGCUUCGGUAGCCAACGCGAACUUCUACCAUUAUAAUUCUCGAUAUCAUACUUAAUCUUAUCCGAUAAUUGUUAAUUGCCAUUCCAUAUUCAACAGAAAAUUUGACUUGUCUUUUCUAGGUUGAACAUACAAUUACCUAUCCAGUUGAGGCCUCGAAUAUCUCGACAUCUAUACGGGGUCUAGGUUACUACGUGUGGAUCAGCGCGCGCGGAGAAAUGCAGGGUCACGUGUCGGUUGUGCGUUUUGACAGGAAUGCAUGCCUGCCGCGUCUCGUGGAAUCGUUUAACGUGUGUCCUGGAACAGUGUAUUCUAUUGCUCAUAUACCGCCUAUGAAUUCCAGGCCUGACCAAUCUGCUGAUAAAUAUCAUACGAAAUAUGGAUUCCCAUUCCCAACUGUUUGGCUGGGCAGUCAUUCCAGCAAGUACGAUCUUUAUUUAUUUUAAUAGAGGUGGUGGUGCAGCACUGUGGCACCGAAUAGAUACUUAACAGAAGUUUGACUCAGCAAAACAAACAUAUCCGUCGCGCCAUGAUCAGUGAGCUCCAAGCAAGAACUGCAGUCAUUUGGCCUAUGAGAAAAGUGAAGCCAAGAUGGCGGCCAUUGACGAAAAAAGGUCGAUUUAUUUAAUUUUUUUAUGAUUUCUUGCAGAAUAUAUAUUUAUGACGCUGAUUCUGACGACAGAAGUCGACCGCUUAUGGAGCUCAAACUUAGGGACGCGCCACUGGCAAUGAAGUAAGUUUAUUCUUAAUGAGUAUUUUCCUAUGUAUAUGUGCCGUGUAAUUUAUCAUCAUUUAACAGGUAUGUACGGAAUGUUGUUAUAAAAACAUCUUAAGUGAAGACCGUGUUUUGUUUGCCAGAACAAUAAAAGUCUUUCUUGUUCUCAAGUUUUCCUUGGCGGCCGUAACACACGAAUUAACAAAUUUUCCUUGUCCAAAAACUGGCACGACUUGCUUUAGGACAAGGCUCGAAAAACUCAUUUUUUGACGAGCAAAUAUAACUUGUUAUCGAAAACGUGUCAAGGAAAACUUGCUUGUAGACAUACGGAACUGAACAUUAUUGCAAGUUUACUAUUAACACUUUUUUGCCCCCAAAAGAGUCAGUUCGGAGUCUUGAAAUCAAAGGAUCAAGAUUACCGUACUGAGUUGGGACGUUAAAAUUUAAAAGAAAGCAAAAGUAAAGGAAUAUACAUAAGAAAUUAACCAUUUGAAAAUUGUUUUCACUUUUUAUAAAUAAAUCAUUUGACUUAUCCGUUAACAUUUGAAUUUCCUGCAAAGGUAUGCAAUGAGGAAGGUCUAUGUUGGCUUGGCAAACGGAACAUUGGCAAUAUUUCGCUCCAACACGAGU